UAUGAUUCUGGAAUUCUUGGAAUGUUCCACGUGAGUUUUUAGUACACUCACAGUGAACUGUUUUAUUAAAAGAAGAUUUCUUCAUAUUUUGUCUUGGGAUUUCGGUUCAAUUUUUCAGUUCCAAGAGAGCUUCCUUGCAAAAUGUCUGAACUUCAGGUAGGCUAAAUAUUAUAAUAAUAAAACUUUGAAUUAUCAAUUUGUACUAAUGUAGCAACUUGUCAAUUACAAAGUCUGUCAAGAUAUGAUGAUCUGGAAGCCGGGCAAACUUCAAAGCUACAAAAUAGAAGAGCUUUGUUUGAUGUUGAACUAUACCUCACCAUGCAAAAAUCCUUUGUCUCAACUUCAUUAAAUAUUUUUCAUCGUGGUUGCAUGUUUCAUCUUGGUUGCAUGUUUCAUCUCGGCUAUCCCUAUUGGCAGUGGCGUAGCCAGCCCGACAAUUUAGUCCCGCUAUGCAAAUUCAAAAUUAUUAUCAUUAUUCAUUUCUUUAGAAAUUGAUUGUUUUCACAGUCAAUGAACAUGGAAAUCUUUGCAUAGCGGGACGAAAUAGUCGGGCUGGCUACGCUACUGCCUAUUGGACAAUUACUUCAUUAUACGAAAUUACAAUGAGCUCAAUCACCGUGCACAAAUUACCAUAAACUCAGACAAAAAUGAUUUCAGUUUAGUUUCCAGAUCAUAUCUUGAUUUUGUCAACAAGAAACACAAAUUAUCAAUUAUUUUUCUUAGAAAUUACAAGAAGAAGCAGUACGCCUGUAUCGGAAGUGUGCCUCGAUUCCAAGCAUUACCAAAGGCACGAUUUCUGUGAAGAACAAAACGUUGACCAUAAAUAGCACGUGGUCUCAGAGAAACUUAGAGUUGAACAAUAAGAGAACAUUCAGUCGAAGGUUUUAUUAUUCAUUGAACGAUGAUAGUUGUUUUGAAGAUGGGAAAUGUUUUGAAGAGAAGUUCCCAAGACAAAUUGCAGCUGAGUAAGUCCCAGCAAUUUGAAAAUUAGUCCAGGUUUCGACGGCGAACUUUUCAUGUGCCAAAUUAAAUAUGGCACAAGUUUGUCAACUGAUUUAGAUUUUGGACUCAAUUGUACAGUACCAAAAUGCAAGUACACUAUAUCAGAUAUUUCAGUGCUAAAUUGCUGAUCUAUCAUAAUCAUAUGAUAAUGUAUGUUGAGAAAAAUUAUGCAUUUGGCACAUGAAAGGCACGGCGUCUAGCUAAACCCAAUGUCGAACCUGUGUCACAUAACAUGACAUGACUUGCCAUAAUUGGUCGGACAUUUUGUUUGCACAAAAAAAUAGAAAUCAACUUUUAACCAUACAAGCUGCACAUCCAAUCAUCCUGCGAAGAACUAUACUCAUGGCUAGUGUUUGGCAUAAAGUAUUAUUAAUAAACUGGCCUAAUUUACUCAACUAAUGCAUCAAAUCAAAAUGGAAUCGAAGAAAUGUCCGUUGUAAGUUAAUUCCUGAUCAAAUUUCAUUUUGGUCGGACAUUUUUCCGGACAAAUUUUGAACGGUUAUUUCAGGCUCUGAUAGUGUGAAACUCCACUUAGAAAUAGGAAAAAUUAUUUGACAGAUAGCUCCCCACAGUAGAUGGACAAGCAUGCAGGCAGAAACAUAUAUAGACAGCAGUAGAUGUGUUACAGUUUUCAACUUGAAAUUUUAGGCAGUUGUGUUGUGAGUCAAAAUCAGGUCAGUUUCAAGCUGUGUUGAGAAAAAUUCCUGCAGAUAAGAACAAUAAAGAAGAAACUCAAAAUAUUGAGGUAAUCCUUGCUCUUAAACACCCGUGCUAAUUUAAAUAGUUUUCCGACUGAAAGUGACAUUGUAUUUCCAUUUUGUACUCACUGAUAUUAUAGCAAGUUUUAUGUUCAAUAUUUAGAUCUGGUCCAGUGGAGGUUGUCUAAAAUGUUACACAUCAGACGGAGUUCUUGACAAACAUGGGAAAGUAAAUGAUGAUGGUUAGUACUGUGUGUUCAUCGGUUGGUUGGCAGAUCGGCUCAUUGGUUGGUGGGUCGGUUGGUAAUGGUUGGUUGAUUGGUACAGUAGGUUACAUGCAGAGGUGUAACUUAACACUUUUCAGCUUGAGGAGACAUCUUGUCGGGAACAGGCUUGCUGCAAGCCUGUUGAGGAGACAUCUUGUUGACAAGUUGUGGGAACAGCAUUGUCACAACUUGUUAACAAGCUUGCUACAAGCCUGUUGAGGAGUCAACUUGUUGACAAGUUGUUGGAACAGUAUUGUCUCAACUUCUUAACAAGCUUGCCACAAGCCUGUUGAUGUGACAUCUUGUUGACAAGUUGUUGGAACAGCGUUGUCACAACUUGUUAACAAGCUUGCUACAAACUUGUCGAGGAGACAUCUUGUUGACAAGUUGUUGGAACAGCAUUGUCACAACUUGUUAACAAGUUUGCUACAAACCUGUUGAGGGGACAUCUUGUUGACAAGUUGUUGGAAUAGCAUUAUCACAACUUGUUAACAAGCUUGCUACAACCCUAGUGCAAACACAUCUUGUUGACAAGUUGUUGGAACAGUAUUGUCACAACUUGUUAACAAGCUUGCUACAAGCUUGUUGAGGAGUCAACUUGUUGACAAGUUGUUGGAACAGUAUUGUCACAACUUGUUAACAAGCUUGCUACAAGCCAGUUGAAGUGACAUCUUGUUGACAAGUUGUUGGAACAGCGUUGUCACAACUUGUUAACAAGCUUGCUACAAACUUGUUGAGGAGAAAUCUUGUUGACAAGUUGUUGGAACAGCAUUGUCACAACUUGUUAACAAGCUUGCUACAAACUUGUUGAGGAGACAUCUUGUUGACAAGUUGUUGGAACAGUAUUGUCACAACUUGUUAACAAGCUUGCUACAAACUUGUUGAGGAGUCAACUUGUUGACAAGUUGUUGGAACAGUAUUGUCACAACUUGUUAACAAGCUUGCUACAAGCCUGUUGAAGUGACAUCUUGUUGACAAGUUGUUGGAACAGCGUUGUCACAACUUGUUAACAAGCUUGCUACAAACUUGUUGAGGAGACAUCUUGUUGACAAGUUGUUGGAACAGCAUUGUCACAACUUGUUAACAAGCUUGCUACAACCCUAUUGCAAACACAUCUUGUUGAGAAGUUGUUGGAACAGCAUUGUCACAACUUGUUAACAAGCUUGCUUCAAACCUGUUGAGGAGACAUCUUGUUGACAAGUUGUUGGAACAGCAUUGUCACAACUUGUUAACAAGCUUGCUACAAACCUGUUGAGGAAACAUUUUUUUGACAAGUUGUUAGAAAUUUCCUGCGGACCAACGAAGUAUUUUUGUGCUAAAUCUGCAUGUGCGUAAACAUAUAGCCGUGUUCUAGCUGACCAUGGUUUUAAAUUCAAGGAAUAAUGUCUGUAAAGCAUACGUUGUUGUACCCAUAGUGGGACAUGGGUGUUAAGGUUUCCUUCAAAUUUUCAAUAGCAAAUCUUCAUUCAAACGAAUUUCCUGCAGCUGUUUAACAGUUCCUGCCUUUUUUUUCAGCCUUGCAUGCAUGCUGAUAGUCCAUCUGAAUGAUCAAUGGACCUUUAACCUUAUAACUAAAAUUUUGAUCUAGACAAGUCUAGACAAAAAUUUCAUCACAGCUUGAAAGAGCAUCACAAAAUUAGUAAUAUUCCGACGUUUCGUUACGAAAUGUUGUAAAAUGCGGAUAAUAUAGCCCUGCGAAGUUUGCAAUUUUCAGUCAUUUUAGAUUACAAACGGGAAAUUGAUACCCAAAUCGGGUGUUGGGUAUCAAUUCCCCGUUUUUAAUCUAAAAUGACUGAAAAUUGCAAACUUCGCAAGGCUAUAUUAUCCGCAUUUUACAACAUUUCGCAACGAAACUUCGGAAUAUUACUAAUUUUGUGAUGCUCUUUCAAGCUGUGAUGAAAUUUUUGUCUAGAUCAAAACUUUACUUAUAAGGUUAAAGGUCCAUUGAGUCUAUGAAAUUGCAUCCACCAUAAACAAAACUCUAUUUUACAGACACAUUUGGUUGUUUCACCUGGUCGCCAUGCGAGAGAUAUUUGUUAUAUGCAGCUGAAAAGAAACUGCCCAAAGCCAGUUCAUAUUUUGAAGGUACUGUACAUUUCCUAAGGCUUGUGUUUUGUGACUGGACAGUUUUUCAUCUUUCUUAAGACAGAAAUUAUACGAAAUUUUUAGUGAAAAAAGAUGAAAAAACAGAGGACAAGGUUGAAAAGGUUAGUUCCUUGUUUAUUAAAGAUUGGUAUGGGUAGUUCAUAUCUCAAAUGUGGUCCAGUGUAGGUAGUAUUCUACAAUAAGCUGUCGUGGUUUGUGUCUAAACUACCUGAAAAAGAUAUCUCAAACGUGGUGGUCCAGUGUAGGUAGUAUUCUACAAUAAGCUGUCGUGGUUUGUGUCUAAACUACCUGAAAAAGAUAUCUCAAACGUGGUGGUCCAGUGUAGGUAGUAUUCUACAAUAAGCUGUCGUGGUUUGUGUCUAAACUACCUGAAAAAGAUAUCUCAAACGUGGUGGUCCAGUGUAAGUAGUAUUCUACAAUAAGCUGGCGUGGUUUGUGUCUGAACUACCUGAAAAAAUAUUUCAAACGUGGUGGUCCAGUGUAGGUAGUAUUCUACAAUAAGCUGUCGUGGUUUGUGUCUGAACUACCUGAAAAAGAUAUCUCAAAAGUGGUGGUCUAGUGUAGGUAGUAUUCUACAAUAAGCUGUCGUGGUUUGUGUCUGAACUACCUGAAAAAGAUAUCUCAAAAGUGGUGGUCUAGUGUAGGUAGUAUUCUACAAUAAACUGCUAUGAUUUGUAUCUGACAAAAACCAUUCCAGUUAUAUGACUGUUUAGUUGAAUUAAAAUGACUGUAUAUUUUUUUAUGCAAACUUUUUAUUGAUAGGGCAAUAAGUUUGUGUUCAAAGAAGACUGGGGAGAGCAACUGGUUGGCGUCCACGUGACAGUGUUGGUUGUCUUGGAUACGGAAAAAGAUGAAGUCAAAGUGUUAGAUGGAAUACCUGACAAUAUCUCUCCAGGCCAGGUAAUGAGGAUAACGAACAUAGAAUCUGCAGUUGACAAUUACACACACAAAAACCUCACAUCUUGUAGCAAGUCUGUCAACAAGCUGUCAACAAGUUGUGUUCGCACUGCUUGUCCCAAGUUGUUCCAACAAGCUUGGAACAUUUUCUUAACAGCUUGUAACAAGCUUGUUAAUAUUAUCAGACUUGUUGCAAGGUUGUUCCAACAAGUCCGAUGCAGUCAAUAUAUAACAAUAUUGUUACAACCUUGUGUCGUCAACCUUGUAACAUUCUUGUUAUAUCAUGACUGUAUCAGACUCGUUGGAACAACCUUGUAGCAAGUCUGAUAAUGCCGUCAAGCUUGUUACAAGUUGUUAACAGCUUGUUCUAAACUUGUUACAACAACUGGCUGUUAGCAGUGCGAACACAACUUAUUUCACCAUUCCUGUAAACACUUGACGGUAUUUACUGAAGAUACAUCGAGUGUGCAGUGAACACGCUAUCACAAAGGACAAUCAACUACACACGUAAAAAUACACAAGUUGUACCAAACCUGCUGCAGACUUGUAGCAAUGUUGUUCCAACAACUUGUCAACAGGAUGUGUUCGCACUGCUUGUUCCCAGCUUGUUGACAAGUUGUCAACGGCUUGUUGGCAACUUGCUACAAGGUUGUUGAACUCAAAAGACUUGUUACAAGUUGUUCCAACAACUUGUUAUCGUCCUGCAAUUCAACAAUUUGUCAACAAGUUGCGAGUGACAACCUUGUAGCAACUUGAUAAAAUAACAACAUUGUUUCAACUUGUUGACAAGCUUGCUACAAACCUGUUGUGAACACAUCUUGUUGGCAAGUUGUGAGAUUUUUACGCGUGUAACCCACCCUCCUUGGGGAAAAAAUAUACGUAGUAAUCUAUUUAUUUUUUUAUUUAGGCAAUUUGGGCAUCUGAUGGUAAUGGGGUUAUAUUCUGUGGUCGAGAUCACGAACCGUACAGAUUGGGCUUAAAAUAUUGUCAUAAUAGAAAGUAAGAAUUUGAAAAAAAUAUGAGUGAAAUAAAUAUUUUUAGCUUCCUAAAAAAUCUAACCACAAUUAUUGUUUUUUAGGAGUGGCAUUUACUACUUAUCUCUCGAUGGAAAAUCUUGUGGUUCGUGUACAAACGUCAUAUUUAUUGAAAACUUUGAAAUUAUAACGAAUAAUACGCAUAAUAUUGACAAUAUAUCAUGGGGAUUUUAAACCAGAAACGCGAUGGAAUGAUGCAUUAAGAUAGGAAUAAAUUACCAGGGUAUAAAAAUAUAAAUUGACCAAAAAACGUGUUAAAAAACGAGUUGCUACAGUAUCCGAGCUUUUCCCACAAAUUUUGGGGUGUUUUAUACGCUGAUAAAUAAACAGUUUUCAAGUGCGACUACACACGUGAAAACGCAGAAGUUGUUACAGGUCUGCAAACAAGUUAUUACCAAUCUAUGUUCACAAGCUGUUGACAAGUUGUGUUCGCACUGCUUGUUCCCAGUCGUUGUAGCAAGUUUGGAACAAGCUGUUAACAACUUAUAACAAUCUUGAUGAGACAAGGUUGUUACAAGUUGUUAACAGCUUGUUUAGUCCAAACUUGUUGACAACUUGGGACAAGCAGUGCGAACACAACUUGUUGACGGCUUGUUGGCAGAACGGACUUUUUUACAGAGAAAUUCAAGACGAUAGUUAAGUUAGUUUAUGGGCGUUGAUCAAGACAAAUUUGUAUAUGUGAAUAGAACACCUCAUUAAACAUUGAUUCCUUAUGAAUUUUCUCAUGAAUCAUUAAUGAGUUUUAGAUUUAUAUAAUUAUAUUUUCUUCUUUUUGUAGAAAUGUUGAGUGAUGGAACGGAAUCAGUUAGCUUUCCCAGAUUAUCACCAGAUGGAAACAAACUUGUAUGCCACUGUAUAUUAAAAUAAAAUCUUUAGAUGUUAUUACAUCGUGGCUGUUACAUAGACUGCUGUCUUGCUAGUUGUUUUAAUUCAGAAUAUUUUUAUUUAGAUUUAUGUAUCCAGAAUGCUACAUGGCCCUCAUUUCUGUUGUAAAAAGAUAUUAAUGGUAUGAAAAUCAUGAAGUUAUGCGUUAUAUAAUAUACAAGGCGUCCUGACAGCAAGUAGAAUAGCUUUUUUUACACAGCUCAUUAUUUUUGAGCCGUUUUCACAUUGGAAGACGAACAAAUCGUCUUAAAAUCGUCUUUUAGUCGGACAAGUCAUCAGAUGUGAAAACUUGUUGGACAAAAUUUUAGACGAACAAGUCGUCUGAAUUUGUUCGACUACUUUUCCGUCUGUGAAGACGAUUUUUGAGGGACGAUUUGUUCGUCUAGACGACUAACUUGUCCAGUUCUAAUGUGAAGACACUCUGGUCACCAAACCCAUCAAUUGGUACCAUACUUCACACAACUGAUCCAUGAUUUCAAUGGUCCAUUGUAUAUGAACCAGACUUUAUUUUAAAACAGCCAUAACAUUGCUUCUACCAGACCAAUUUUAAUAAUCUUAGUGUCGGCAUUCAUCUCUUACUGUAGACUGAAUUUUGUUUCAUAAUGGACCAUUCCCCCAAUUAACCAAAAUUUUGAACUCAGCAAGUCUUGCAGUUUUCAGUCAUUUUAGAUUACAAACGGGAAAUGGUUACCACUUCUGUGCGUAAUACAAAAUGACUGGAAAUUACAAACUUCGCAAGGCUAUAUUAUCCGCAUUUUACAACAUUUCGCAACGAAACUUUGGAAUAUUACUAAUUAUGUGAUGCUCUUUCAAGCUGUGAUGAAAUUUUUGCUUAGGCUAGUUAAGAUCAAAAUUUUGGAAAAGUGGUAACCAUUUCCCGUUUGUAAUCUAAAAUGACUGAAAAUUGCAAAUUUCGCAAGGCUAUAUUAUCCGCAUUUUACAACAUUUCGCAACGAAACUUUGGAAUAUUACUAAUGUGAUGCUCUUUCAUGCUAUGAUGGAAUUUUGUCUAGACUUGUUGAGAUUAAAAUUUUGGUUAAUUGGGGAAUGGUCCAUUAUAACUGUGCGAAAAUCGGGAACAGGCUGUGUUUCAUGAUACCAUACUUGCGGUUUAUUUAGUACGACUGGAAAACAAAGACCACUCGAAUACUUGUCGAUGAGGUGGAUCAACCAGAAAACGGUCAGUCUAGUAUCCAUUAUUAUUUUUGCAGUAGGAAUCUAGAGUAACUGGGGAAACCUACAGUGUUCCAUCAAACUCCACAUUUAAAAAC